AGCCCAGCCCCCUAGACGCACGCAGGGAUCGGCGCGCCCGGGCCGGAACCGGCGCUGGGAACCCGGAAGGCCGCGGGCGGGCGGGCGAGUGAUGGCGGGUCCCGGUUGGGGUCCCCCGCGGCUGGACGGCUUCAUCCUCACCGAGCGCCUGGGCAGUGGCACGUACGCCACGGUGUACAAAGCCUACGCCAAGAAGGACACUCGCGAAGUGGUUGCCAUUAAGUGUGUGGCGAAGAAAAGUCUAAACAAGGCCUCCGUGGAAAACCUCCUCACCGAGAUCCAGAUCCUUAAGGACAUCCGACACCCCCACAUCGUGCAGCUGAAAGACUUCCAGUGGGACAGUGACAACAUCUACCUCAUCAUGGAGUUCUGUGCUGGAGGUGACCUGUCUCGCUUCAUCCAUACUCGCAGGAUUCUGCCUGAGAAGGUGGCCCGAGUCUUCAUGCAGCAGUUGGCCAGUGCCCUGCAGUUUCUGCAUGAGAGGAACAUCUCUCACCUGGAUCUGAAGCCACAGAACAUUCUGCUGAGUUCUCUGGAAAAGCCCCACCUGAAACUGGCAGACUUCGGCUUUGCACAGCACAUGUCCCCGUGGGAUGAGAAACACGUGCUCCGGGGCUCUCCCCUCUACAUGGCUCCCGAGAUGGUGUGUCGGCGGCACUAUGACGCCCGCGUGGACCUCUGGUCUGUGGGGGUCAUCCUGUAUGAAGCCCUCUUCGGGCAGCCCCCGUUUGCCUCCAGGUCCUUCUCAGAGCUGGAGGAGAAGAUCCGUAGUAACCGGGUUAUCGAGCUCCCCCUGCGGCCCCCGCUCUCCCCAGAAUGCCGAGACCUGCUGACGAGACUCCUGGUGCGGGACCCCAGCCACCGCAUCUCCUUCCAGGACUUCUUUGCCCACCCGUGGGUGGACCUGGAGCACAUGCCCAGCGGGGAGAGCAUGGCCCGGGCGACAGCGCUGGUGGUCCAGGCCGUGAAGAAGGACCAGGAGGGGGACGCUGCGGCUGCCCUCUCCCUCUACUGCAAGGCUCUGGACUUCUUUGUGCCUGCCCUGCACUAUGAAGUGGAUGCCCAGCGGAAGGAAAUGAUUAAGGCAAAGGUGGGACAGUACGUGUCACGCGCCGAGGAGCUCAAGGCUGUGGUCACCUCCUCCAACCAGGCCCUGCUGGGCCAGGGGGCCUCGGGCCGAGACCUGCUCAGAGAGAUGGCCCGGGACAAGCCGCGCCUCCUAGCCGCCCUGGACAUCGCCUCAGCGGCCACGGCCAAGGAGGAGGAAGCUGGCGGGGAGCAGGACGCCCUGGAUCUGUACCAGCAGAGCCUGGGGGAGCUGCUGCUACUGCUGGCGGGGGAGCCCGCGGGCCGGAGGCGGGAGCUGCUGCACGCUGAGGUCCAGAGCCUCAUGGCUCGAGCUGAGUACCUGAAGGAGCGGGUUAAGAUGAAGGGCUCUCCAUGGGGAACGGACAGCCUGGACCGAGAGGGCCUGUCGGAAUCAGUUCGCAGCUCGUGCACCCUUCAGUGACCCCAGAGGGGCAUUGGACAGAGCGAAGGGACACACUGAGCCAGGCCGAUGCCCAGAAUGGCACGCGUCCCUGGGGAGCUUCCUGGCUGGACACUC